GUAGACCAUGUCCAUGCCUUUCACAAUUUAAGUAAACAAGCACCAAACGAAAAAUCUUUAGAUAUAUAUUACAUUUCUUUACAAAAUGCCAUGCUUAUAAUUGAUGUUAAGUUGAUUUUCAUAAAAUAUUACAUUAGUUUUUACUGCUGGCAACAAUCAAAGCUAAAAAGUAUAUAUACAAUACAUUUCCAUAAUUGAAAUGGAAGAAAAUUCAAGGCAGUCACGAUUGAUGCGUAUCAAACCAUACUUAUCAGCAUUAAAAAAUAAAGAAGAACAAAAGAUUAACAAAAAUAAGGGCAGUCUUCUUAUUUUAAUGCAAGACUUGAAAGAUGAGGGUAAUACGUUAUUUAAAGAAUCAAAGUUUAAAGAAGCCUGGGAAUAUUAUCACCAUGCUCUGUUUGUAGCAGACAUACUUGAAGAGUCUUUUUAUCAUUGUGUAGAGAAAGAAUUUUUGGCAACUUUAUUUUGUAAUGCCUCUCUCUGCUGUAUAAAGAUAAAUGACUUUGAAAGUGCUCUUAAAGAUGCUGAAAAAGCUUUAGAAUUACAAGAAAAAAAUAUUAAAGCAUUUUAUCGCAAAAGUCUUGCUUUAAAAGAAUUAGGACGUCACAAGGAGGCUUUAAAAGUUGCUUUACAAGGAAAGGUUAUAGAUAGUAAGAAUAAUUUUGAUGAUUUAAUAGAUGACUUAAAAGCAAUUAUAGCAAAGUCAAGUACUAAAAAAAAGAAUAACGAUUCAAAAACUACUAAUAUUGAGGUGGAAAUAAGUCAUGUGAAAUCUGAACCGCUAAAAGAAGCUUCUGUUAAAAAUAUGGCUCCAAAGAAAAAGAAAGGUCAGAUCAAUAAUAAUGGCAGUGCCAAGCCUGCUCCCAAAUUGGAGCCUAAACAGAAAGAGAGUGAUUCAGACCCUGACUCUGAUUCGAGUGAGGAUGACACUCAGUUUGCCACUAAAAUGUUUAACAUGAAGCGCCAGACCACAGUUAAUCCUACUCCAAUAAACUCCAACAUUAAACCAAGUGCACCUAAGCCUAAUGCUGCUGCUCCGCCAGCCAGUGCUAAAAGUGCAGACAUUACUGGAGUCGCAACAGCCAAAGCGAAAGUAAAUCCGCAGCAAAACAAACAACCAAUUACUCAGAUUACCUGGCCAUUACAAAACUAUGAUUUUAAAUUAGCGUGCAGAAUUUGUUUUGUCAAAACAGGGGAAGGUUUAAAAGGUUACCAGUUUCGGGAGAAUUGCCCUCAUAGUUGUACUCAUGAUGUUUUGUUAGUACGAGCCAAAAAGAGUCCUCAGCUGAAUUGGCUGAAAGUUCGCCUUCGACCUGCUAACACCAGUGCUACUAUGUUUGUUUUGUGUAAUCAAUUUAAGAAUGGUGUUCCUUGUCGUAUUGGGGAGAAUAACUGCACUUUUGGACAUAAUCAAGUGGAAAUUAAUUUGUGGGAACUGGAUCGCUCCAAGACUUUUAGUAUUCAGAAUUUUAUAUCAAAUGCAGCUAGGGAAGGAAUAUAUUCAUCAGAUAUUUUAGAUCAGCGCUCUAACAAGCAACAAACUGUUAAAGCUCAGCCCUACAUUCCUGGCCUACAAAUAAACACUGGAAAUAGUAAAGCUAGAGCCACACCUCCACCUCAAUCUCCUCCUAUGCAGACUGUAUCAGAUGUCACAUCAUUGAAAAGUCCAACACCUUCAGCUUCAAGCACCAAAGUAGGUGGAACAUCAGGCCUGUCAACAUUUUCACCCCCUCCAACAACAUCUGUUCCACAUUACCCACAUACUGCUGAAUUUUUUUUCUCCGCUAAUCAGCCAGCAUUUUCACAGUUCACAGCUCCACCUCCAGUAAACACUUCAACUCCUAGAUUUCCUCCGCAAACAUUUGUUACUGCACCAAGGCCCAAUCCACCACCUCCGGUUGUGCCUAAUGCAGUUGUUUAUCAUUUAACAUCUCCUAUGUAUCCUACGGUACCCAGGCAGACCAUUCCAGUCUCAGCACCAGUCAAACCACCUGGCAUGUUACAACAGCAGACAUCUCCAAAUAAACUUGGUCAGCCUCAAGUUAACACUGCGCUCCCCAAUUUAAGCAAGCCACCGCCACGUAUUGGUAAACUUCAGAACCCUCUUCCAGAUUACAAAUUUCGGCUUUUUUGCCCUCAGUGUUUAAACUUUGCUGGAAGGCCGUGGUACUAUACCUAUGACAAUACACUAAACCAUCUUUGUGCUCAGAGUAUUCUAGCCUACUAUGUGCAGGAUAACUUUGGACAUAGCUUCUGGGUCCAGGUGCGAGAGAGGGCCUCCCAUAGAAAUUUUCAGGGCUCCUACAUUCUGUGCAACAGUAUAUACAAAAAUGACAUCUCACUUUGCAAGUACAAGGAUAGCUGCAGCUUUGCCCACAAUGGCAUUGAGCAGAGGCUGUGGAAGAUGGAACAGGGCGGCACUUUUGACAUUGGCGAGUUCAUCCAUCAGAACAAACAGAACUCCCCCGUCACAGGAUCUUCCAGUUUAAACUAUGUGCGGUAUCUCAUGGAGAAGUUUGGUGGUUAUUUCAGAUUUAUAUGUAGGGAUUGCUUCUUUGCUCCCCACCCUAUGAUAAGCAGCCAAGGGGAAGGGAAUUUUUGCACUGGAUCCCAGCAUCAUCAGUGGGCCAAGUGCAAGAUCAUUGCACAUGUCUUAAAUGGGAACUAUACUCCUAUUGACCAAUCCAAGUUCCAUUAUGAAGGUGCUUUUUAUCUGAUGUGCAGACAUAUGCAGUUCUGCAGGCUUUGGCUAGAGAAUAAAUGUAACUAUGCACAUAGUUUGAUAGAGAAAGCAGUCUGGAUGAUGGAGAGAGACAUAAGGCUGACAAGGGAGGAACUAGUGUUGCAUAGCUCUCAGUUGUACCAGAUCUCCCAGUAUACUCCUUCAGCACCAACUCACAACCCAACGGAAGGUAAGAGCUGGCUACCGCCUACUGCUGCUGCACUUAAUAUAGAGGUCAACAAGCGUCCAGAAAAUUCUGCUGGAGCUUUUAUAGGAGGUACAUCCAUUAAUUUGGUUGAAUACUGCAGGAUAUGUUGGUCCAAAGGGCAGAAGUCACCAGAGGAUGGCAAGAAAGAUAAAUGUACACGUGGCCACAGUAAUUUCAAGCUGAACAGUGUGUUUGUGGCAUUGCCAGCAGGUAAAGAAGUCCGCACAUACCCCUCUGAACUUCCUCUUGGAAUGAAGCUUAUUCUUUGUAACCUCCAUCCUAAGUGCACAAGACAAGUGUGCAGACAUCCCCAUGGGGAACAUGAACUGGAAGUAUGGACUUACAUGAUGAAGCAUAAAAUUAAAAAUCUGCGUGAAAUGUGUGAGAUUAGUCAGAAUAUGCAAAAGAGCAAGACAAGGGACAUUAGCAUGGGCGAGUCGGUGGUUAGCAUUAGUGAAAAACAGGAGCCGUUCUCACGCUUGAUCCAAGCCCGGCCUACAAGCAAGAUUAUAGCGCCAGGUGACCUGGUGAUCAGUGAGCACUACUGCCAAUACUGUGGCGUCAGCUGCAACAGCACGAGGCAGUGGGAUGAGCAUUGCAUGAGUGAGAAGCAUGUGGAGAAUGUCAACUCUGAUAAGGAACACCAGUGGAACUACAGGCAGCCUCCAUGGGGUCAAGGAAACAACCUGGCACUUUGUGCUAAGCAUAUUCAUGAUCAGUCGUGUCAGUACUCUCAUGUGCCAGACAUGUACAAUCUGUGUGUCUACGCUCACAGUCAGGAGGAGCUGGAUGAGUGGCAAGAGAGGUAUGAGUGGCGGCAGUACAAGAGGGUCAUUGCCCGUGAGAGACACAUGUUCUCUUACACAGAAUCCCUUUUGGAAGAUUACUAUAGCCAGGACAAUAGUGUUAAUGUGAUGUCAGAGAAUCUGCCUGGAGUCAUAGUUAUAUGUGGUGAGGAUCUUAAGUUAUUUAAGAGUGAAAAGAAUGCCAUCUUCACCUGGACAUUUCACAUUUACACAGAGAAACAGUUGCACAAGGUGGCACUGCUGCAUAACAAGGACAGACUUCACUUCUCACUGAUAGGUACCAGCAACUCUCAUCCACAAGUAGCAUCAGGAGAUACAUUUUUGUCAACUGAUGAGUUAGGAAGAGCUUACUAUGUAGUCAGUGUUCACUUCACUGCCAGCAUGUUUGGCUCAUUCAUCCAGUGGGUUGUCUUUGACUUUGGCUCUCGCCCAGUGUUGGUUAGGAAACUUGCAGUGGAGAUUGGAGCAACCCUGCAGCAAGAAAAGGUGCGUGAGCUGAGAGAAAACCUCUCCUUUGACCGCUGGACCAGCCAGAACAAAAUUAUUGUCCGCCAGUCUGACCCUAGUCUAGAUGAUUUUACUGAGAAGCUGCUUCUAAAGUACAAAGAGCCUGUGUCCUCUGAGGAUGUGGUGACUCUAGACAGCAUCACUGAGCUGAACCAACACAACUAUAUCCACAAGAUGCAUAAACUCUUAGAGCUGGAGGAAAUCACCAGACAUCACAUUAUCUCCAGUUACAAUUUAGUGUCUGAAGUGUCUGUUGCAAAAACAAUUGAUGAGCCUGGAAACUUUAUCAUUGCCGCAAAUGGGGAUUUGUUUCUAAAAGUGAAUUUGACAGAGAACUUGACUGAAGACACAUUAGCAGGAAAACUUGUCCUCUCUAGCGUUAGAACUGUUUUAUUAGCCAAAGAAGGAAAUACUUCCAAGAAGGUCUUUGAAGCCUUCAUUGUGGGUGAGAGCAACUAUAACUAUGAUGGGCGUUGUAAAGAUUACAUCUAUCUCAUUGUUAACGCUGAAACAUCCAGUCAGCUAGGCUUGACAGUUGACUCAAAGCCCACUUUAGAAAUUCAGUUCCAGAUGGAUCGCAAGUUCUUCUGCCGAAUGCAUUAUGCUUUGGACAGUUUACAGACCACGGACGUUCUCUUCCCAGACAUAGUUAAAUUCAAACCAGGUCCCAGUGAGAUCUCAUUUUCUAUGAAGAUUAGGUCCAAUGUACUGAAUGAAGACCAGAUGACCGCUGUAAGACAUAUAGUUGUUGAAAGAGAAGGAUACACACCCCCAUUCAUCAUGUAUGGACCCUUUGGUACUGGCAAAACUGAAACCCUUGCUCAGGCCACCAUGACACUGCUCAGAGAAAGACCCAAUGUUAGAAUUCUCAUCUGCACCCAGUCAAACAGUGCUGCCGAUCUGUACAUUACAAAGCAUCUCAGUAGCUUUGUGAAGAAGAUGGGUCAGUCUUUAAAAGUAUUACGCCUGAAUGCCCCUGAAAGAAAGAAAGACACUGUUCCAGAUGAGGUCAAACAAUUCUGUUAUGGAUCUUCCGGCAUGUUUCAGACUCCUCCAAAAGAGGCCAUCUGUCAGUACCAACUGGUGUUGACUACAGUUGAAAACUCUAUGCAGCUAACUAAACUAGGCCUGCACAACCAUUUUACACACAUAUUUAUAGAUGAAGCUGGCCAGACUUUGGAAUGUGAAAUCCUAAUGGUUCUGACCCUGGCCUCCACCAAAACUUGUGUAGUGUUGACAGGAGACCACCAACAGAUAGGUCCAACUGUGUACUCCCCAGAAGCCAGGAAACAGAAGUUUGACAUCUCUAUACUGGUCAGACUAUACAACUACUAUGAGCAAAUGGCCAACUGUGGUAUCAGUGUAGUCUCAGAAAAAUCUAAACAUUCUCCUAUGAACAUAUUUCUGAGCAUCAACUACAGAACUAAACCUGAAAUCCUUCGUUUUAUUUCAAGUGUGUUUUACAAAGGUCCAGAUAAUCUCAAAGCUUAUGGCAAUGUUCCAUCUGUCAUGGGCAUUACACCUCUGGUGUUCUGUGUUGUUCAGGGUACAGAAACUCAGAACAGAGACAGCACAUCUUACCUAAAUCAUGCAGAAGCUCAGGAAGUGGUGGAGAGAGUCAAAGAGCUGAUAGAUAGAUGGCCUCAAGAAUGGGGCCCAAUGGAUGCUAAAAGAAUAGCAGUCAUUUCUUUCUAUUCAGAUCAGAUCAAACAUAUUCGGCACUUGAUGAGAUCUGACAGACAAAGACCUUACCUCAAACAAGUGGAUGUUGGAAAUAUUCACAGCUUUCAAGGCAAAGAAGUUCGAGCAUUGUUCAUCUCAACUGUUCGUACGGUGAACAUGUUGCAAGAGCCUCACAUCAUCAAAUCUCUGGAACAAGGAGAAGAUAUUGGUGACCUGGGCUUUCUCUCCAACCCUAGACUACUCAAUACUGCACUGACUAGAACACAGUCUUAUGUGGCAGUUGUUGGAGACCCUGUGGCUCUGUGUCUUAUUGGAGAAUGUAUUCAGGUCUGGAGAACAUAUUUAAAACACUGCAGUAACAUGAAAAGUGUUCAUCCUAUUACUUACAAUUAUGAUAUGGUUAAGAACCAUGUGAUUAAUAUACAGAUAGGUCCUCAGGGCCGGGUUGUGGACAUGCUUAGCAGGCAUGGGCAAGAAACUCUUAACAUUCAAAGCCGUGCUGCCAAAGCCACAAAAGCAGUCCCUCAGAAGUCAGACAUCCAGGCUGAUGAUGCCAUGUUUGGUGACAGCAUGUCUAGUGCUGAGAAAGUCUCGGCUUGGAAGACUGUAGACACUGGCUACCAACCUGUUGGGCCUAAAGUUAAAUCCAGCAUUCCAAAGGAUAACGGUCACUUAACCAAGCUAAGGCGGCAGUUCAGCGAGGAUGAUUUGCAUAUCAGUUCCUCCAUCAGCUGUGAAGAUAUCAUCUUUCAAAUGGUCAGGGGCAAUCAGACAGAGGCAGGUGAAAAUGGAUUAAUCAAGUUAGAAGGCAUCGUCAUCUCUGAAUUAGAUGGCUUUGCUGUCCUGGAAUACAAUCCCAAUAUCGGUCAAGAACCUUUCAAGAUCACGUCAAAAGAUGACGAUUUCAUAACAUUUAUAGACAAUGAGAACUCUCUGACCUACAUUAACUGGAGUUCAAGGACAUUGUUGACAAAGCUCAUCUCUGAACCUGAACGCUACUUAAAAUGUAGCUUUAAUACAAAUGGAACAGAGGCCACAGCCCAGAUAGUUGGACCCAUCCCUCGUUAUUUUUCUGGUGACAUGGACAUUGCCAUAGAAGGUCAGUUUAAUAGAGGUCACGCCCUGAAUGGAGAUAUAGUAGUGGUUGAAAUAAUUGGACGAUCUGAUAGUGGCAAGUUCCUUGGCCAGGUCAAGGGCAUACUGGAAAGAGCUCAAGAUCCAACUAACAGACUAUUUGUGUGUACUGCAGAUCCUAACCAACCUGGCAUAUUGAAUCCCAUAAACCCAGAAAUGCCUAGGUUUUACUGUCUAACAAGUAGUGCCCAUGUGAAGCUUGCCAGGAAAGGUAACCUGUGUAUCUACAAGCUAGUCUCAAACAACUGUCUGGAGUUCAGCCAGUACAAGACUAUUGACAGCCACAGCUGUGACAACCAACUAUACAUUGUGCGAUACUUAACCUGGCAGUCUGGCUUCUUACUGCCAUUUGGAGUGGUGAUUGGCAUUUUCACACCAGAUGAUUCGCUGGACAAUGAAAUCAAGAUCCUAGAAGUAGAGCACAAUCUCUACAGGUCUCCUAAUGAGCCGGCAGAAGAGGAAGCCAAGCAGAUCUUUACACCAGAGCUAUCCAGUGAGCUGAUGAAGACCAGGCAAGACUUGACACACACUUUCUGUUUCACCAUCAGUGACCUUCUGACUGAAGACCUGGAGAUGGCUAUCAGCGUGAACCAAGUGGACAGCAAUUAUGAAGUUGGCUUUCAUUUGUCAGAUGUUGUGGCCUAUGUGGACAGGUUUUCUGCUCUAGACCGGGCAUGUGAGAACAGAGGAGCCUCACUGUUUCCUCUUGGAAAAGAGCCCAAACAUAUGCUGCCUGCCCAGGCCAGCACAGAUUACUGCAGUCUAAAGCCUGGCUUUGAUCGUCUGGCUGUUUCAGUGCUGCUAAUAGUGGAUGAAGCAGGCAAUAUUAUUGGGCCCCCUCGUUUAUUUAGAAGUGUCAUCAACUGCAAACAGAAAUUCUCCCAUGCAGAGGUUGAAGAAAUCUUACAAAAUCCAGAAGAGAGCCAAACUGACUACUUAAAAAGCUGUGUUAUAGUACUGUAUCAGCUGACUUACCUGUGGCGCUGUGAGAGAUUAGGCAAUAGUCACAUCAGUCCAGAUCUAGAGGCAGACAAACGACUGGCCCAGCAUUCCCACCUGAUGUUAAGUGAGGUUCAACUUUAUGUUAAUGGCAUUGUUGGUGAGCUGCUGGUGUCCAGAUUUAAAGACAGCACACCCUUGUUGGUGCAGCCUGGACCUCAAAGUGCUCAGCUUGACAAAUGGAAGAAGGAAAAUGCAGGUCAUGCUUUUAACAGUAUUCCCAUGGCCAGGGCAUUCAAUCAAGAACAGGUUUGUCAUUGUAAGAAAGCCUGCACAUGUGUGUUCACCUACAUGAGAGAAAAUCAACUUGCCAGGGCAGACACUCUGUCAGUUCUGAGUGAGAGCUGGUUGAUGAUUGCCCAAGCAGUUAGUGAUGACUACAAGGACUUUGAACUAGCCCAAGACAUGAUUAGUGACCCUAACAACAUGCCUCAAUUAUCUGUGGCUGCCAACAAGUUGAAGGCCAUCCAAAGUCCAGAGAGGUACAGGUGUUCCAGUGAAUUGACCCAGCAGGACAGGAAGCACUAUGGUCACUGUGUACCAAACUACACCAACUGUACCAACCCAUUGAGACGCUACAUCAGUAUGGUAGUCCAGAGAAUAUUAGUUGCUUUCAUAGAGGGUGCUCCUAACCCUUACACUCCUGCAGAAAUAAAUGACAUCUGCUCAAAGGCAACUAUCAUAGAGCAAACAGUAGAAAAGUUCCACAGUUCAGUCUACUUGUUGCAUCUCAGCUCAGCUCUUAAGGCCCGCCCAUUUUUAUCCACCGCUGUGGUCAAUGAAGUGGACAAGGAGAAGGCAGUUGUGUUGCUGAAAGAUCUGGACCAUGUGCCCAAGACUUUCAGGACUGUUCGUUUCUCCUGUUUGUCACCCAUGAAAGUGUCAGCAGUGGAUAAGAACCCUGACUGUGUACAGCUAUUGUGGGAGGAAAGAGUAUAUCAAAACUCAGAUCAAACCAAUCAGAUCCAGAACAGCUUAGAAGUCAAGCUGGAGCCUGACAGAUUUGUCUGCAAUGUACCAACAAUACUGUGGCAAAGGCUUCUAUCCACAGUCAGAGAGAAGGAUGAGCCAGAGAUGGAGCACUGUGUUCAAGAAAUCUCCACUAAAGUUGAGGACGAGAUAGAGCAGCUGUCCAAAGCCUGUAUUGAAGUGAUCAGUGGCUUUGGAAAAGAUGGACAAAUGAGACACUAUGUACCAUUCACUUUGGUCCUGCAUAAGAGCCAAGCACUACAGGUCCAGGUGUCUGCUACUAUGCACAAGGGACUGCUAACCCCAUGUAUACAGCUGAUCAACUUGACCCCAUCUCUGGACAUAUGUCUGGAACACAAGACUGACCAAGAAAAAUGUUUUGUUGACAUGGAACUGUGUUCUAAAGCCAAGGCCACCUACAACGAUGAGAACAAGUAUGCUUCAGAGUGGCAGUUGCCUAUGUUGUCCAUGGAGUCAGCCCACCAAGCUGUCAAUGAUGGGGAGAGAAUCACUGUGCACAACAUCAGCAUCAAUUGGACAGUGGAGCAGGAGACUGUUGUCGGAGAGUUUGUUUUGUCAGAUUCAUUUUGUAAUAAGAACAGCUUUCAACCAGAUUUAGGCAUAAGCUUAGCCUCCACUCUGCUGGAAGGCCAGCCAAUCUUUACUGGGGUCAACUUCAGCUUGGACUACCUAUGUGUCCGUUAUAGCAACGUCCAAGUCCCAGAUGAGCCUGCCCUGGAAGAGAGUGUGGCUGUACUGGUCAACAAUGGCCGGCCCAUAGUCUGGGUGGCCCACUGUCUGGUGACAGACGUCACCAAAUGCACUGAAGGGUACUUAGUUGAAAUCAAAGUGAGUCAGUCUGGGAUGAAAAUCCCUCCGGAUCUUCUGACUAUAAGAAAGGAGUCUAUGCUGUGUACAGUUGAAUGGAUUAUCAAGACUCCCAAACAGAGAGUUCUAGACAUAGCAAUGAGAAGUCUACAGUUUGCUUCUAGUUUUGCCAAAGACAUCAUUGUUGGAAGGAGACCAAUCAAUACCAUUGACCCAGUACCUCAAGAAACUAAGAUGUUUGUAUCCAGUUUGUCGGAAGAACAAGAGAGCAUCAUUUCUGACAGCUUGAGACAACCUUUUUCUACUGUCAUUGGUGGGCCAGGAGUUGGAAAGACUGCCUUAGCUGCAAGAUUGGCACUUUCCCUGGCUAAAAGAAACUUCACUGUAGAUAGUCUCCGCAAGUCAAGACUGGGAGGAACAUACACAACUCAUCUGAUGGUGUGUGGACCCAGUGAGAAAUCUCUGGAUAUCAUCACUGGAAUGAUGGUUGACUUGAUGAGACAGAACAACCUUAACUUCAAAAUAGUCAGAAUCUAUAGUGAGGAGAUUGAAGAGAGAGACUUUCCUUUGGCAACUUCUCCCAAACGCAUGUCAAGGCCAUCUCCAACACUAGCCGUAAUGGAGGAAGUGGCCCUGCAUCAUCUAAUCAGAAAGAAGAAUAGCCCAGAGAGUGUGGCUUUGCUAGAACAGGAGAUGUAUCUAAGCAUGUAUGGCCAUCAAAUAGCACCAGCUGUUCAAGCUGCCUUGGAGAAGGCCCAGAUACAGGAACUCAAGAAAUCUCAGAUCAUUGUGUGUAGCUGUGUCACUAGUGCCAGGCCAAUACUGAAAAUCGCCAACAUUAAGCAGGUUCUCAUAGAUGAUGCCGGCAUGAUCAGUGAAGCUGAGAGUCUCAUUCCACUGGUCAUGCACAAGAAUGUGAACCAGUUUGUUCUGCUGGGUGACCUGGAGAUGCCUGAGGCCCAUGUGGACAGCAAGAUGGCCGCACAGCUUGGGUUGUCCCAUUGUUUGCUCAGACGUUACACUGACAGAUCAUAUAGAUUGAACAGUCAGUUUAGAAAUACUCCCACCUUGUCAAGUUUCCCAUCCAGCUAUUUCUAUGAAAGCAAUCUAGUGACCAGUCGUUAUGCACCAUCUCUGGUCAAGCCACCUGCUCCCACCUUGGUCUGGCCUGGAGAAAGCUUUCCAUCUAUCUUUUGCCAUGUAGCUGGUGAGGAGUCAUUUUCAGAAAUCUCUUUGAAGCAUUGCAGAUCAGAAUGUGAUUUGAUCAACCUGCAAGAGGUUGAAGCAGUGGUCACCCUGACCACUACAUUGAUCCACCAUCACAGGAUCUCUGAGUCUGCAAUCCUCAUUCUGACUGCUACACAGGCUCAGGCUUCUUGCAUCAAGGCCAAAGUACCUCGUAAUGUUGUGGUCAACACAGUUUUGGACAGUGUUGGCCAAGAGUCGCAGUAUGUAAUAUUGUCCACUGUCCGGUCAGUGCCGCCCUCUAGAAUUGAGUAUCCUCCAAGCCAGGAUUGGAUCUGUGACCAUUUGGGUGUCAUGUCAGAGCCUCGAUGCAUCAACUUGGCCAUCACAAGAGCAAGAACUGCCUUCUACAUUAUUGGAAACAAAGAUCUUCUGGGAACUUGUCGCCCUUGGAUGGAACUGAUAAAAGUUUACAGAAGACGUAUGAGCCUUAUGGUCAGUGGUGUGGCACAAUUUGUGCAGACUAUUACAAGACAUUAACAUAGACAGAACAUUAUUUGUUCAGCUCACUCCAAACUCUUGUACAUAAGUGCUUUAAACAAAGUGUACAGCCUUAGAAAUAAAACUUGACAUUGAAGUGGAUGAAUCUUUGUUUUCCAGUCGAUUUGAUCGUUGUUACAUUUCAUCAUUCUAAUUUGUUAAAAAAAAUAAAAAAGUUUUUAGACAUGACCAGUUUAAGUUGGAUUUCGGCGUUAUUUUGUGCUCUUAAAAAUGCUUUUAAAUAUCUUUAGUUUUAAAAACAUAUUAAGUUUAAUUUUUUGUCCUAUGGUAAUACAUGUAGAGUUUGAUCAUUUUAUUUUAUGUUUUAUGAUUAUCUUUUUAACAUGCUGAAAUUUUUGUUAUUAUGUUUGUCAUAAUCUUGUAUUUAUUUAUGUUCAAAAUUGACAAUAAUCUUAAUUGAACUUUGUUUUUGUUUUUAGAAUUAUUUGUUUGCUUUGAUACUUAAACUAAGUAAUAAUUAUACAAACUAUGCUGUAAUAUAAAUAUUCUUAUUAAUUCUAUAUAUGACACUAUAAGAAAAAAGGGAUGUGCAGUGAUCCAUGGAUAUAUUAAAGUCAUUGUUACAUAUGUUUCAUUUAGUAUGAACUUGUCUAAAUCUUGUCCAGUAUUUACUCCAAGGUCCAAAUAUAAAGCUAGCAGUCAAAUGUGUCUGCCUCUGAAAGUGAGAUUGAGAUUUCAGUUUGCUAAACAUAUUUAUUAAUAUUAUUUAUCAACGUGACCCAGUGUGUGUGUGUUCUGUUAGCUCUUUCAAUUAUCAGCACACUUUGGGAGUAUUACUAUGUAUUUCUUAGCUAACUUUUUUUUAUAAUUGAUUAUGUCCCUUUAUUUUGUAGUGAGGAAAAACCCUACCAACACAAGAGCAGGGAAAUGAAACAAAUAUGCUCCAGGCCAAACAAGUCUCAGGGCAACAUUAAGUUUUAAUCAUAUCAAUACUGGGAAAAUAAUUUAAUUUUAGGCAUUAUGACAAUACUGAAAGUUACUCUUUAAAAACUUAAUAUUUAUAUAGGCAAUUGGUAGCCAAGAGCUGAAAGGAAGAAUGGCAUUUUAAACUCAGGAAUUGAUAUCUUGGAGAGUUCACCCAAUUGUUAUGGACACAUGACUGAGAUUUGUAUCAAUUUCUGGCCACAUAAUACUCUGUUACUAUUGGCUAAGAAACUGCUAACCUUUACAUCAUCUGCUCUACUGAGCAUUAGAUCUCAACUGAAUUUUCAUUUUCUUACUUAUCAACUAGAAACAAACAGAUGUAUAUUAUAUUAUGUACUGGGAGCAUCAUUUUACGAAGAAAACAAUUGAAUACAUUAUACAUGCUUUUUUUACUUGUCUCAUUUUUUGAGACUCUGGUUGUCAGAGUCACAAAUAUGAUUUGGCUAUUGCUGAACUCAAAAUCCUAAACUAUUAUCUUGAUGCUCUUUAAAUGAUCCAUGAGAACAGACUUGCUUGUGUAUAUGUUUUUUUUACAGCCAAGUUGAGAAAAAACAUUUGUUUGAAAUGAGAUAUGCUUUUUUCCUUAUUGACUUGGCCUAAGGUCAAGGUGCACUUUGAGAAUCACUUCCUGCCUAUGUGGUUGUAAAUGUGUUGAUGUUCAGCUGGGUUUUAAAACUUAACAUUUGGUAUAAUUCAUAGUGAUGUGAUGACAACUGUUCUUUCUUUAAGUUGAGUUGAUUCAAUUUCAUUGGUUUAAACUAUUGUAUUGAAUUCUAUUUUUAACCUAGACAUAAUUUGUUUUGCCUGUUAUCCAUAAAUUGAAAUAAUAAAAAUACAAUUACAGAAAAAAAAAA